AUGCCAUUCCCUCCAGGCUUCCGACUCUUUCGAACAACCAUGUCUGGCGAGAAGAUCCGCGAGGGCGUUUUCGCUGUCCACAAGCCCCAAGGUGUCACCUCCGCCGACGUGAUCCGCAACCUGCAGAAACACUUCAACCCCUCAAAGACCUUUAAGCCAUGGUUAGAAGAAGAGCGCGAACGUCGCAACCGUGAGAGUGGAUUCCAGCGCAAACGUCGCCGCCAUCAACGCCUAGAAGUCAAGAUCGGCCAUGGCGGAACCUUGGACCCGCUCGCGACGGGUGUGCUCAUCACCGGUAUUGGCAAGGGUACAAAGUCACUCCAGGACUUCCUUGCUUGCACCAAGAGCUACGAGACAGUGAUUACUUUUGGCGCCGAGACCGAUACCUACGAUUGCCUUGGAAAGGUUGUGCGCCGCGCGCCUUAUGAGCAUGUUACACGUGAAGCGGUUGAGAAGGCCUUGGCGCAAUUCCGUGGAAAUAUCAUGCAGCAGCCGCCGAUCUUUUCAGCGCUGAGGGUCAAUGGAAAAAAGCUGUACGAGUAUGCGCGAGAGGGCAAGAUGCCUCCUGUGGAAAUUAAGCACCGGCCCGUUGAGGUCUUGGAGAUGGAAGUUGUGGAAUGGUUUGAGCCUGGCACACACAGCUUCCAAUUGCCCAAGGAGGAGAUGACUGGUGACGAGAAGGCUGUUGCCGAGAAGCUUCUUGACCAAGAACCUGCGGCCCCUACUCCGGCUGAGGGUGAAGCCGUGAAGGAAGAGCCCGUGGUGAAGGAAGAGCCCGAGCCUUCAUCGUCCACGAAGCGCAAGUCGCCACCUCCGGCCGACGAGGUGAAGGAGGAAGCCGCGAAUGCUGCCAAGAAGCAGAAAGUUUCAGAGACCGAAGCGGCGCCUGCAACAUCAGAGCCUAGUGCCUCUGAACCAGUCAAGACUGAAGCUCCGGCGCAGCCUGAACAGCCCAGAUCCCAAACCCCGGCUGUGAAGAUCAAGAUGACCGUUACCUCUGGUUUCUAUGUUCGCUCAUUGGCGCAUGACCUAGGUAAAGCUGUUGGCAGUUUGGGCUUGAUGAGCGAGCUUGUGCGCAGCCGCCAAGGUGACUUCGAGCUCUCCCCUGAAAAGGUUCUUGAGUACAAGGACCUUGAUGCAGGUGAAGAAGUCUGGGCACCCAAGGUGGAAAGGUUCUUGCAGGAAUGGGAGCAGAAGAGAAUCGCCAAGGCUGAGGCUGAGGCUGAGGCUCAGGCCAAGGCUUAA